AUGCUCACCAUCAAACGGCCAACAUCAACCACAGUCCUCUACACCGUCUCCACCAGAUCCCCAACAACAACCCUCACCGCCCACCUCCUCAACACCCUCCUCCUCCUCGCGCGCCUCCUCCUAGGCUUCCUAACCCUCACAGCCCUCCUGUGGGAAUACCGCGCCGCCAUCCCCAACACAUCCCCCACCACCAGCUUUUCAAAAACCCUAGAACACCUCCUAACCACCCCCCCAACUUCAACCCUACUCCCCCACCUCACAACCCACGUUCCCCUCCCCGCCCGCCUGGCCCUCUACCUCGCCCUCCUCGCCCUCGCUCUCCGCAAGUCCUACACGGAGGAAUCGCUCCUCGUGAUUCGGGGGCUAGGCGUGCAGACUUCGACUUCCGGGCCGAGUUAUCUGUGGAGCAGCUCGACGAGUUUCAUCCCUACGAGCGCGAUUCAGGAUAUUCUGAUUCAUGAGGCGUUCAAGGGGUUUGAGGUGCGGUUCUACUUGAGUAUUGUUGUCGAGGGGGAGGAGGAUGUUGUUGUUGUUUUUCCGAAGAUUCUGCCGCGGAGAGAGAUUUUGGAGGAUGUGUGGAGGGGGGCGAGGGCUUGUUUGUAUGAGCCGAAGACUUGA